UCCACGUCGACAGCCUGGUCAACAUCAGUUUUCAGUCCACAGUCUGUACCGCACCUGCUCCUGUUUCCCAAUAAACAGUCUGGCCGCGGCUUGUUCAUGGUUCUCUUUCAGAGGUCCAGCCAGUCUCCUGUUCCUACAGAUCACUCUCUCAGGUUGUCCUUCUGCCCCCCCUGGUGGUCACUGGUAGUAUCUUCAUGAACAUCUGCCUGUAGCUAGCCUGAGUUCUUUCUCACUGAAAAUGCAGGUUGGACUUCUGACCUUUAUUGUUCCUGGUGGCAUCUUUCUGAGCUGUGUUUAUGUUUGAGUCUUCUUCUGUUAACUUUGAUUCCAUCAGUCUGAAGAAUGUGAGGACAGACACAGUGUUGUCUGUAUUCUGAGUGAGAUACUGUUCUAAUAGAAACAGAGAGAAAUGUGGAGAACUUCAGCUCUGCCUCCUGAUCACUGAUUAUCCAUCUGCUAGUUUGAACUGGAACAAUCUGAUUAAAAAUGAUCUUUGUUCUAAAAGCUUUCAUUAACCAGCUGUUUGUUUGUAUCAGGAUGAAGAGACAGAGACCAGACUCUCCUGGACCCAGCUGUGUGUCCAUGAAGAGUGACCGGUCUAUGGGUCUUAUUAUUAACUUUAAAGAUGGACGUCCUGCUGAUGGAAGGAUGCAGGAGCAGAGACCAGACUCUCCUGGACCCAGCUGUGUGUCCAUGAAGAGUGACCGGUCUAUGGGUCUUAUUAUUAACUUUAAAGAUGGACGUCCUGCUGAUGGAAGAGUUCAACAGGAGAGCUCCGAGGUUCACAGAGAUCAAUCAGACCAGCAGAAUCUAACAGACCUGGACUCCAUCUUUAUGCUGCUGGAGGAGAACAUCGUCACCUUUGUGAAGAAUGAGCUGAAGAGAGUCCAGAGAGUUCUGAGUCCAGAUUACCCAGAAUGCUUAGAGAGUCAGAGUGAGGAAGAAGAGCAGAGGAGAAGCUGUAAAGAGGAUUUUUUGAAGAUCACUCUCCACUUCCUGAGGAGAAUGAAGCAGGAGGAGCUGGCUGACUGUCUGCAGAGCAGAACGUUUGGUGCAGUGUGCCGGCAUAACCUCAAAUCUAACCUGAAGGAGAAGUUCCAGUGUGUGUUUGAGGGGAUUGCUAAAGCAGGAAACCCAACCCUUCUGAACCAGAUCUACACAGAGCUCUACAUCACAGAGGGAGGGACUGGAGAGGUCAAUGAUGAACACGAGGUCAGACAGAUUGAAACAGCAUCCAGGAACCCACACAGACCAGAAACAACCAUCAGACAAGAAGACAUCUUUAAAGCCUCACCUGGAAGAGAUGAACCAAUCAGAACAGUGAUGACAAAGGGAGUGGCUGGCAUCGGGAAAACAGUCUUAACACAGAAGUUCACUCUGGACUGGGCUGAAGACAAAGCCAACCAGGACAUACAGUUCACAUUUCCAUUCACUUUCAGAGAGCUGAAUGUGCUGAAAGAGAAAAAGUUCAGCUUGGUGGAACUUGUUCAUCACUUCUUUACUGAAACCAAAGAAGCAGGAAUCUGCAGGUUUGAAGAGUUCCAGGUUGUGUUCAUCUUUGACGGUCUGGAUGAGUGUCGACUUCCUCUGGACUUUAAAAACAACGAGACCCUGACUGAUGUCACAGAGUCCACCUCAGUGGAUGUGCUGCUGACUAACCUCAUCAGGGGGAAACUGCUUCCCUCUGCUCGCCUCUGGAUAACCACACGACCUGCAGCAGCCAAUCAGAUCCCUCCUGAGUGUGUUGACAUGGUGACAGAGGUCAGAGGGUUCACUGACCCACAGAAGAAAGAGUACUUCAGGAAGAGAUUCAGAGAUGAGGAUCAGGCCAACAGAAUCAUCUCCCACAUCAAGACAUCCAGAAGCCUCCACAUCAUGUGCCACAUCCCAGUCUUCUGCUGGAUCACUGCUACAGUUCUGGAGGAUGUGCUGAAGACCAGAGAGGGAGGAGGGCUGCCCAAGACCCUGACUGAGAUGUACAUCCACUUCCUGGUGGUUCAGACCAAACUGAAGAACAUCAAGUAUGAUGGAGGAGCUGAGACAGAUCCACACUGGAGUCCAGAGAGCAGGAAGAUGAUUGAGUCUCUGGGAAAACUGGCUUUUGAGCAGCUGCAGAAAGGAAACCUGAUCUUCUAUGACUCAGACCUGACAGAGUGUGACAUCGAUAUCAGAGCAGCCUCAGUGUACUCAGGAGUGUUCACACAGAUCUUUAAAGAGGAGAGAGGACUGUACCAGGACAAAGUGUUCUGCUUCAUCCAUCUGAGUGUUCAGGAGUUUCUGGCUGCUCUUCAUGUCCUUCUGACCUUCAUCAACUCUGGAGUCAAUCUGAUGUCAGAAGAACAAACAACAUCCUGGUGGUCUAAAGUAUUCAGACAAAAACCUGACCCAACACCUUUAUAUCAGAGUGCUGUGGACCAGGCCUUACAGAGUCCAAAUGGACAUCUGGACUUGUUCCUCCGCUUUCUCCUCGGUUUUUCUCUAGAGACCAAUCAGAAUCACCUACGAGGUUUGUUGACACACACAGGAAGUAGCUCACAGACCAAUCAGAAAACAGUCCAUUACAUUAAGGAGAAGAUCAGUGAGGAUCUGUCUACAGAGAAAAGAAUCAAUCUGUUCCACUGUCUGAAUGAACUGAAUGAUUGUUCUCUAGUGGAGGAGAUCCAACAGUACCUGAGAUCAGGACGUCUCUCCACAGAUAAACUGUCUCCUGCUCAGUGGUCAGCUCUGGUCUUCAUCUUACUGUCAUCAGAAAAAGAUCUGGACCUGUUUGACCUGAAGAAAUACUCUGCUUCAGAGGAGGCUCUUCUGAGGCUGCUGCCUGUGAUCAAAGCUUCAAACAAAGCUCUGCUGAGUGGCUGUAAUCUCUCAGAGAGAAGCUGUGAAGCUCUGUCCUCAGUCCUCAGCUCCCAGUCUUCUAGUCUGAGAGAGCUGGACCUGAGCAACAACAACCUGCAGGAUUCAGGAGUGAAGCUGCUGUCUGCUGGACUAAAAAGUCCACUGUGUAGACUGGACACUCUCAGUCUGUCAGGUUGUCUGAUCACAGAAGAAGGUUGUGCGUCUCUGGCCUCAGCUCUAAGCUCCUCCCCCCUGAGAGAGCUGGACCUGAGCUACAAUCAUCCAGGAGAAAGAGGAGAGAAGCUGCUGGCUGCUGGCCUGGAGGAUCUACACUGCAGACUGGAGACACUGAGGUUGGACCAUGGUGGACUGCACAGACUGGAUCCUGGUCCGAGGAAGUACGCCUGUGAGCUGGAACUGGACACAAACACAGUGAGCAGAUACCUCGUACUGUCUGACAACAACCGGAAGGUGACACGUGUGGAGGAGCUUCAGUCAUAUCCUGAUCAUCCAGACAGAUUUGAACACUGGUCUCAGCUGCUGUGUAGGACUGGUCUGACUGGUCGCUGUUACUGGGAGGUCGAGUGUAGAGGAGAGGUUUAUGUAUCAGUGAGUUACAGAGGAAUCAAAAAGAGAGGAGACAGUGAUGAAUGUUUGUUUGGAGAUAAUGAUCAGUCCUGGAGUCUGUUCUGCUCUGAUAGAGGUUACGCUGUCUGUCACAAUAACAUAAAAACAAACAUCUCCUCCUCCUCCUCCUCUUCCUCCUCCUCCUCCUCCUCUGUCUCUCACAGAGUAGCAGUGUAUGUGGACUGUCCUGCUGGCUCUCUGUCCUUCUACAGAGUCUCCUCUGACACACUGAUCCACCUCCACACCUUCAACACCACAUUCACUGAACCUCUUUAUCCUGGGUUUAGGCUCUGGUUACCAGGUUCUUCAGUGUCUCUGUGUCGGUCUGAGAAACUGCUGACUGAAGAUCAGCUGACUCUGUUCACUCUGUUUCAAACUAAUGAAUUAUUCUGAUUUCAUCACUUUUGAUCACUAUAACCUGCAAUCCUCAAUAACAUCUUAAAGAAUACUUUAGUUCAUUUGUUUUUCUUUUAUAUUUGAAUGAUACUGUAACACCAUGUUGAGAUUAAACAAGAUCUUUCUGAAGAGAAUCCUGGACUCAGAAUCAGCUUUAUUUGCUAGGUAUGUUCACAGAUACGAGGAAUGUGACUUUGAUAGACUGUGUUUUAUGUAGAAAAGUAAAACAUGAAAUAUUAUAAAAUCAACGAAAACGUUAAAUAUACAAGCCUACAUGAGACAAUAGUGCUGGUGUGUGACGUGCAAAGAUGUUAAUUCACAUGAUAAUAAAUGAUGUUAUUGUGUAACAGAUGGAUUAAUUUACAUGAGGUAUUGUUAUGACCCAACACGACCUCAUUAUGUAUUGAUCAUGUCAGUAGUGAAAUGUGCACCCCUGUCUCUGCCCCUGCAGUGUGUGGGUGUGUAUCUGUGUCAGUAGUGUGUCUAGGUUAAUCAGGUGAUGAUGGAUGCUGCUGCUGAGUGGAGGUAGAAAAGAGAAUUGCCAUGACGGUAGUGGCCGAAUGACACUGAAGCUUUUAAAAUCUCAGCUGCUGCAGCCUGCUCGCUCCUUCUCCGGCCACUUCAAACUAAGCCAGCUUGACAUUUGAAGAUUAUAAAGAUAGUACAUUUUUAAGAUUGAUUAGCGUGUGUACAUAGCUAAAUAGAGAGUUGUUUUGUAAAUAUACUGUAUGUAAAUUUAAACACUGUAAGAAAUUGUGCGCCACACAGAAGUGAUUUUCACAAAUGUAAUUUUGUUUGCUUUAUUUUCAUGUAAAGAAAGAUUAGGGUUGUUGCUACCCACCUUUUGCUUGUUAUUUUCUGCUCUGAAGAAAAUAAACUGCUGUUGGAAGUUGA